ACGCUGUGAGUAAUAGUCAUAGUUAGGUGUGGUGAUAUCACUGAUAACGUUGUUAAUAGACGUCUUCUACAGUUGGAUAAAACACGAGGAGGACAUUAAUGUACACGAGAAAAAGCCAUGGACCCAAGAUGGAACCUUGAGGGACACCACAUGUAAUUAAUUCCCAUCAGAUGAAGACUGACUGCUUACUGCACUGUGUUAAAAUGGUGAAAGUCAAUGAAAAGGAUGAGACUUCAAAAACUCCUGGACACGACCCACUUUCCUCAAUGUCAAGUGAAGGAUCGUUUGUUGUUUUGGGAACAUCACCUCAUGAAUCUGAAAGACAGCCUGCAAGUGAUAUUACUAUUGUCUCACAGCCACCAAGUUUUAAUGAACUUAUGUUGACAGAUUAUCAGACACCAUCGAACUUACCGGAACCACUAUCUGCUGACUUGAGUCCAGAAGAGGUUCACAAAAAGCUUGAAGAGGUCGUGCAGCACAAUCUUCAUCUGAAAGAGCUGUUGUUCCAGAAUAACCUAAGCUGGAAACGUAAUUACCAGAUAUUACUAACAUGGCAGGAAGAACUCUCAAAGCAGCAACAGAAGAAUAAUGAAAAAUUUGCAGAAAAUAAGGAGUUCACAAUGAAGUUGAUUGCAGAAAACAAGGAGCUAAAACGUUACAUUGAGGAAUCAAAACGAGGAAGUGACCAUGAAUUGCAGCUGGAAGCUGAAAAUGCUGAGCUUAAGAAAAAGACAGCAGAAUUGGAGAAAAGGCUGGCAGCAUCAAGUGCAAAGGGAGAAAAAACAGAAUGUGGAACACCAAGUAAGAAAGAACUAGAGUUGAGCAGUCUUGUAGAGCAGUUGAAUAAACAACUUGAAGCAGCAGAAAGAUCAAAACGGCAGCUAAUAAUGGACAAUGAGCGUCUGAGUGCCCAAAAAAGUCGAUUAGAGAAAGAAAUGGAUAAUAUAAAGGCUGAUCUAGAAGAGCUGAAAGUGAACUGUCAUAAGUUAGAAUUGGAAAGAGAAGAGCUGCUCUCCAGAUCAAAUCAUCUUGAUGAGAGCUCUACCUCUCCACAGCUGGAUGUGCGAAGUAAUGAAAAGACUGAUUUUGCUACUAGUAUGAAAAAUUAUGAGAGACGUCUACAGCAAAUCAAUACAAACCUAGAUGAUAAGACUGAAAGGUACACAACUUUGGACAGCUGGCUACAGGUAGCUGCUGACAAUGUUAAUCAGUGGAAUGGAAUCCCAAGUGCAGAUUCUGCUAUUAUAGCAAAUCUCAAGAAAGAAAUCCAUGACUUACGACAAUUAUUAAUAAAAGAACAGAGCUUUGGACAUGAUAAAAAAAUAAACUUAGCUGAAGCUCAGUCACAGUUUCAGAAAUUAUUCUCAGACUACCAAGAACUUUUAGAAGAGUGGGAAAAAUUUCAUGCGGAACAGAAAACAAAAGAAAAACAAAACAAUGAAUACCAUGAAUUUCAAGUUCGAGGAUAUGUUGAAAAAAUAGACAACCUUACCGCACAACUGAUGUCAAAAGAAGAAGCUCUUACACAACAGAAACAACGAAUUGAUGAACUGACUAAAGAAGUAAAGAAGCUUGAGCAAGAAAAAGAAGAAAUUCCUGUGCUAAAAGCCCAGGCGGAAGUAUACCAGUCAGAUUUUAUUGCUGAAAGAGAAGCAAGAGCUAAUUUGGCAGGAGAGAAAGAAAAAUUGGCUGAAGAUCUAAGAAAACUCCACCGCCACAACAAGGAGCUUCGGGAAGAAUUAGAGAAGUGUCGGCCUGACAGAGGUCGUUUGAAUAGUGGUUGGAGCACCUUUUCAGCUCCAGGAAGGCCUAGGGUAAAUGGCCAGAACCAGCAACAAACUUCAGAUGUAGAAGACAGACAGAGUGAAAGACAGGCGAACGACCUGUACCAUUGCCCAAAGUGCAACAUGAGUUUCUUUCUACUACAAGCUCUGGAACGGCAUGUGGAUAGAUGUCUGGAUCUGCAGAUGUUCCCUGAAUGAAGUGCCAAGAACAGCUAGAAGAUAAUUAAUUAAACAUUUAUUUUCAUGUAAAGAGACCUGCUUAAACUGUAUAUAGUCUUCUAGUUAUGAGAGUGGUUAAUAGCAUUUCCCAUAUGUGCUUGUACAGUGUUCAGAAACAAAUUCUAGUUAUGUUGCAUCAUAAAUAUUUUAUAAUAUAUUUGUCUACAUAAUUAUCCUAUUUGCAGUUUUCUACCAUCUUUAACUUUCUGGGGGACCUUUUUCAUUUCUUUAUUCUUUCAGUGGCUUUCAGGUAGACUUCAAAUUGGUGCUACGUGUUAGCACUCAGUUUCCUUCUGCAGCCCAUGUGCUACAUGUUCAGUUUGUAUUUUAUUUGAUGAAAAACUCUUCAUGACAUAAUGUUCGUACAUGGUUUCUGAAUAUUGUUUGAGGUGCUCCCAUAGUUACCACUUCUGUUGUAAACUGUGUAUGUGUGAUUAGUAUAUAUUUUAUUUUGCAGUUUUGUUCAGUCAUUGUCAUAUGGUGCAUUUGUGACCAUUAUCUUCUGUUAGUGUAUAAUUCUUCAGUGGAGAUUUAAUUCAGAGACAGAUCAUCAGUGAUGUAAAACAAAAUAAGUUAUUGAUAUCCCAUAUAUUACUGUAGCCUUUUUAUUAACUUUCACAAAAAAUUAAAAUAACUUUUUAGUUAGCACAGAGAAAUGAGGGAAAGCAGUUUUGCCACAAUCUACAGCUUGUACAAUGUGUUCAUACAGUCAUUUGGAAUUUACAGAUUCAUUACAAACCAAACCAACCAUGGUAAUUUUCAAUCAUUUGCUGCCUUUUUUUCUCACCUUUACUGAUAGCAAAUUGCUAAUAACUUUCAUUUUUACAUGUGCGAUCACUGUUAAAAUUUAGCAAUCAUGCUCAGAAAAUUGUUUUCAAGAAUAUUCAUUUCCCUACUUUUCCAUUAAUAUUUCCCUUUGAUUUUUGCCAAAUUGCACUCUACUGAUGAAAUUUGGUUCAUGACAUCACUUAUCAGUGUUUUGUUCUAGGUUGUGACAAAGUCAGUGAGUUGCAGUGCUUUUCUGAUACUGUGAUCGUAGUAUUAGCAGUCUACUAAGUCAGUUUAUGUCCAGGAAAGGGAAUUGACUGAGGUUUACUGUGAGAAGUUCACUUAGGUUUAUUGUGAGUGAAGAGAUCCAAUAAUUUGCCUGUUGUAACUAUAAUUAUUUGCUACAGAUACUGUUUUGUUGUAUGUAGCCUGCCAGUAUGGUCCUGCUUGCUAAAGGCAACUGUAGCUGCUUUAUGUAAACUGAAAUGAUAAGACACAUUGCCCAUAACAUUUACAGAAUGUUGAACUAAAUUUACAAAGGACUUACAAAACAUAUUCCUCUUAAUUUGUAAAUAUAAGAAAGCAGUUUCUCUUGCACUAAACAGUAGCAUAGAAUUUUAUAUACAUUCUGUUGAGGUACGUACUAGCAAUAGUAUGAAUUGGCUGCAUUUUCUUUCGGGUAUUGACAGUGUGCUAAUAACCUUAUCAUCUUUUUGCCAUGUAAUCAAAGUAUGGCUUACGUUUACCCUUAUUUAUUUUAAACAACAAAAUCAUUGUCAUCUAAGUUGUUGCUCUUGAAAAUAAAUAUGUAAUGCUACAGGAGCAUUUUUUAAUGAUAUACAACCACCUUCACUAUAAUAAUUCAAGCUGAUUCCAGUAGCACCAAUCUUUGCUAAUUUUCUGUGAAAAGGCUGAGGGUGUGAAAUUAGUAGCUGUGACUGAUGUUGGCAUGUAUUUCCUGUGCUUCAGUAUUUUGCAUAUGGCACUUUAAUGAAGCAGUUAUUUUGUAAUUUAUUUCAAACUGUUUUACAUUUUGGUUACAUUCUCUACCCACAAUAGGAUGCACUGCUGAGAGUGUGGCUGUAGUACCUAAUGAUCCUAAAUAUUGUAAUAGUUAAGACUCUUGUAAGAUUGGCACAAAGUUCCAUAAUCUGUUUUUCUCAAGAACAGUGAAGUAAAAACUUAAAGUGUUAAACAGCUUUUACCAACUAACUCGUAACCAAAACAUUAUUAACCAUUUGGAAACAUAUUGUUUCCAAUGCAAAUUAUCCACCAAGAGUUUGAGUCCAAUAUUGAGUUUAAUUCACAUGAACUAAAUUACACAGCUGUGGCUAUCUAUUUAAUAUCAUCAUGGUGCAGUAUGGUAGUUUGCAUUUUCUUUUUAGUCCAGUGGUUUGAUCUUUAUCCCACUUGAUAAUGUUCAUACAAUGUUUUGCAUUUAUUCUAAUAAACUAUUUAUAUGAACAGUCAAAUUUUCUCUCUGUCUGUAUAUGUUAAAUGUUAGGCCAAAACGUGAGGCUGCUGUAAUAUUAAGCAGCAUGCCGGUACCUUGUUGAAAUGAUUGUUGAGCUUAAGUAAUUAACAAUAACUCAUUUACUGGUAUGAGCUACAAAAAGUAAAAAUCUGUACACCUAGCAACAGAUACAACUUUGCUGUUUUUGGUCACAUUUUUCAUUGUUACAUUAGUUUCUCUGCUGAUACAAAGUAAAUUACAUGUAGCAUUAUAUUUCUUGUUACACAACUCAUUUCUUGUAUGAUUACAGGAUGUAUUCAUAAGUAUGUUUAUUAAAUUGCUACUGAGUUUAUUUUAGAAACUAGGAUGUAAUAUUUGACAUCUAUGGGAGUUCUCAAACUAAUUCCAUCAUUAUAAGAUUGUUCCUUGCAAAAAUUUGUUCCAAAUUUGAGUUGCCAGAGAUGUAAAUCUAGGAAAGAAAUGAGUUUCUUUUAAUGACCAGUCACUAUCUUUGAUGCUGUUGUAUAUUUUACAAUCACUUAUUAUUAUUAUUAUUAUUAUUAUUAUUAUUAUUAUUAUUAUUAUUAUUAUUGUUGUUAUUGUUAUCAUUAUUGACUAUCCUAGUGCUUCCAUUGGCUUCAUUAAUACUGUUCAUAUGAUGCCUGUAUUUUAUUAAUAUUUCAAAUUUUAUGAGCAGAUAUGUAUAUCACAAAACUAUUACAUUUUUAUUACAUUAAUAGAAGUCUUUCAUCCAUUAAAAACAUGUUUUAAACUGGAAAGCAACAUUUUAUACUCUUACCCAACUGUUCUACGAUGUAUUAAAUCUGUAAGUAAGGAGAAUUACAAAUAGAUUUCAUAUUUCAAACA